AUUAAAUCAUGUGAAUUAAUUUAUACAUUAAUUUGCAUCAUACAUUUUUCUUGUUCGAUCUAAUAUGGAAGCAGCAAGAGAGCAGGAGAUAAUUUCCGCUGAGAUUGUGAAUAAGGGCAUUGAAGAUUCGGGUCCAUAUGCCGGCUCUUUGAAUUUCUCCGUUAGGGUUCGCCAUGGCCUCCCUAAUUUAUUGAGUUCUGUUAACUUAAAAUACGUGAAGCUCGGUUAUGGCUAUCUCCUUUCUCAUGGCUUUUACCUCUUAACUGCACCUCUUCUCAUUCUGAUCCUCAGUGGUGGAAUCGCCAAGCUCGCCUGGAAUGAUUUCUGCCCCAAAUAUGACCUCACUCUUGCUCUUUUUAUAAUCGGAUUACUCUCCUUCGUUAUUUAUCUUUAUCUUCAUUUAAUUGCUCGCUCAAUUUAUUUAGUCGAUUUCGCUUGUUAUCGUCCACCAAAUCAACUCAAGAUUUCAAAGGAAGAAUUCAUGGUGCUAGCAAGAAAAUCAGGCAAUUUUAACGAGGCUGCCCUGGAAUUUAAGCAACAAGUUAUGAAAAAUUCCGGCAUUGGCGAUGAGACUUACCUGCCUAGAACGGUUUUUCGCCCCGGUUACAAACCAAAUUUAAAGGAUGGUCGAGAGGAGGCGGCAAUGGUAUUUUUUGGAGCGAUUGAUGACCUUCUUGCGGCCACCAAAAUCCGGCCAAAGGACAUCAAAAUCCUCGUCGUUAACUGCGGAGUUUUGAACACUACCCCAUCACUUUCAUCAAUGAUAAUAAAUCAUUACAAACUCAAGCACAAUAUUAACAACUUCAAUCUCGGUGGCAUGGGCUGUGCAGCUGGAAUUAUCGCCAUCGAUUUAGCCAGAGACUUAUUGAUCGCUUAUCCGGGCUCGUACGCGCUUGUAGUUAGCACAGAAGUUGUGAGCCAUACAUGGUACAAUGGCAAUGACCCCGACAUGCUUCUCCCUAACUGCUUCUUUCGAAUGGGCGCUGCUGCACUGUUGCUCUCAAGCUGCCGCCUCGACCGCUGGCGCUCCAAGUACCAACUCAAACAGCUGGUUCGAACGCACAAAGGCAUGGAUAACAGAAGCUUCAAGGCAAUAUAUUUAAAGGAAGAUGCAGAAGGGAGGCAAGGGCUAUCAGUGAGCAAGGAAGUGAUAGAGGAGGGAGGCCAUGCCCUGAAGGCGAACAUCACAACUCUCGGCCCUCUAGUUUUGCCUUUCUCCGAGCAGUUUCAUUUCUUCAAAAACUUGCUCUUCAGGAAGAAGACGAAGCCAUAUAUACCUGACUACAAGCUGGCGUUUGAGCACAUAUGCAUACUGGGGACGAGCAAGAAAGUGUUGGAUGAAAUUCAGAAGAACUUGGAGCUUACGCAAGAGUACAUGGAGGCUUCAAGGAAGACAUUGGAGAGAUUUGGGAACACGUCGAGCAGUAGUGUGUGGUAUGAACUGGCUUAUUUGGAGGCAAACAAAAGGAUGAAGAGAGGUGACAGAGUUUGGCAAAUUGCAUACGGAUCAGGAUUCAAGUGUAAUAGCGUUGUGUGGAAGGCUCUCAGAAAUGUUGAGAGGCCUAAGCAGAGCCCAUGGUUUGACUGA